AUGUCCCGGAGCACAGAGGAGGACAGGGGCCAUUGGGGGCCCCGCUCUAGGAUGCUCUCAGAGGAUGUGACUGAUAGUCAUAGAAAAAUUCUUGAAAAGCAAAGGAGAGACAGAGCGGAAGAAAUUUCACUGCAGCCAUUGAGCGAGGUGGACAGUGCUCCUCUGCCCACUCACCUGCGAGCCUUCAGCAGUGCAGAGCAGUACCAGCUGGUGAAGGAGACACAUCUGCAGCUCCUGCACAGCGGGUACUACUGGGGCGCCUUGACCAUGAAUCAGGCCCACGCCAUACUGUCCUCUGCUCCCCAAGGCUCUUUCCUCAUCAGGGACAGCAUCCAAUCCGAUGUCUUCUUCACUCUGAGUUACAGCAGCGAUGAUGGUCCCACCAGCGUUCGAGUUUUGCUCAACAAAGACCUCCAGUUCAGUCUCCAUGGCAGCAACAAAAGCUUUGCCUCCUUUUUUGCCCUGCUCAGCCACUACACCGGGCCGAGCUGCAAACUGAGCACGCCCUACCGCAAACAGCGGCCGGAGCGGCUGACGCACAUGUGCCGCAGGGCCCUGGUGCGCGUUUAUGGAGCCGACUGCAUCAGCACGGUGUCCGGACUCAGCAACAAAGACAAACAGAAUAUUUAUUUAUAUCCGUAUUCUAUUUAG